AUGGCCUCGGACUCCGGAGACAGAAACUCAACGCUGAAGAGGUGCCUCAGCGUGCUGAGGGACGCGAGAAACGACAGCGAGCAGUUCGCAGCCCUGCUUCUGGUGACCAAAGCGGUCAGAGCUGGAGAAGUAGACGCCAAGACCCGUCGCCAGAUCUUUGACGCAAUUGGAUUCACGUUUCCGAAUCGCCUGCUCACCUCCAGGCAGCCCCCAGCAGGCUGCCCCGAGCACACUUUCCGGGCACUGGGCCUUACUCUCUUGGCAUGUUUCUGCACCGAUCCAGAAUUAGCUGGUCACUCCCAGAUCCUGAGCAAAAUCCCAACCUUCAAUGACAUCCUGGUUUCCCCCUGCAAUCCGGACAGCACGUCCAUGAUUGAUGAUGUAUACCAGUGCCUGAGUGCUGUCAUGGCCACUACCAGGGGCUCCAGAGAGCUGGUGACCAAAGGGACAGUGUCUGCCCUGUGCCAGGCCUACGUGAAUUGCAGUUAUGGCUCUGACCGUGCUUUGACGCUGCUCUUGGGGCUGUUGGCCAUAGCAGAGACGAAGUGCUGGCAGAGAGACGCUCCACACCUCUUGACUGUGCUGAGCAAGCUCUCUGAUGAUUUUCUCAAGACUGAAGACAUGACCAAAUUUGAGUUGUGUGAGGUUCUGCCUCACUUCAUCCCCCUCUCGCCACCCCUCACACAGGACUUGCAGGGCUCUGAGUGCCUGCAUAGACUUUACAAAGGGCUGGCUAAUAUCUUGGGCAGUAAGCUCAGCCAGUCACAGCGCGACCCGGCUCUGAAGCUUGCUGCUUGCCUCGUACAGGCCUGUGGUUCAGAGUGGAUCCCAGCAGAGACUGCUGGAAGCAAGUUCCUGGCCUUGCUGGUGAACUUGGCCUGUGUGGAGGUCCGCCUGACCCUAGAGGAGCCGGAUCCCUUGGAGGUGGAGGGGAAGAAAGAAGUGGUAACAGCCUGCUAUGUCCUUAUUGAGAUGGGGAUCCAGGAGUGCCUGAGAGAAGAGAAACCGCUGCUAGAAGAGGUGCAGAAAAUGCAGCUCAUGAGGAUCAUGGAGGAGGCAUUUGGAGCUGUAAUAUUCUACUUGAGACGGGUUAAACAGGAGGAGCUACAAGAUCCUUUCAUAUUUGCUUCUGUUCGAAUCCUUGGAGCCUGGAUGGCAGAAGAGACUUCCUCCCUCAAGCAGGAAAUCUGUGAGCUCUUGCCUUUCCUUGUUCAUUAUGCCAAGAAGCUUUUCAAAGAGGGCAGCCCGGCUGCGAGUCUUCCCCAGCCAGAGCUGGUCAGCUCUGAAGGCUCUGGCUUACCCCAGGAUGCUCUGAGAUUUCUGCUACCUGGCUUUUGCCAUUUAACAGCCGAGGACAAGCCCCGGGACAUCCUCAUCUCGGAAGGGGCACCCGCACUGCUGUGUGAGUACUUCCUCCAUCAGUGGGAGAUGCUGACCUCCAAGCCUGGGUCCCCAGCUCCAGUGACAAGCGCUGAAAUGAGUCUACAGACCACGUGUGGGAUUUUCCUUAACCUGGUCGUGACUGCACCGGACCUCAUCAGGCGAGACAAAAGCUUUUCCUCCUUGAUGGACAUGUUGCUGAAGUCUCUUCCACUUCUACUGCCCCAGAAAGAUCACCUGGUUCUAGCAGCAAACAUUGCCACUCUGGGCAUGAUGAUGGCCAGGAUCCUUGCAAUUCUUCAAGGGACGCAGUCUGCCAAGGACUUUUUCAGGGCUGCCAUUCACUUCCUAUCAAAGGCCCACACCGCCCAAGCAGACCCUGGUAGCGACGGCUUGGCCGCGGCCGUGUCGCCUGCCUUCACGAGCGCCUGGGCUGACAUGCGUGCGCUGGCGGGCUCCGUCCCCCUUUUCCCCGGGCUGCCACAAGCCGUCCUCCAGACACAGUGGCUGGAAGGCUUGUCGGAGUUCCUGACCCGCGUCACUCCAGCCUCGGUGGAUUUUGAACUCAUCGCCGCUUUCCAGAGCGUGUUGGUAGAGCUGGCCAGAGCCAGCAAGCCGUGCAGGGACGUGAUCCUGUCACACCACGGCAGGGAGUGGGCCAACCUCUAUGGUAUGGCAGCUUUGGAACAGUGUCUGUCUGAGUGCUGA